AUGAUCAAGAACACAUCCGCCGUGACGUCCAUACGAGAGGAGAGUGUAUGGGCGCCACGCAGCAGCAGCAGCACCAACCAGCACAGCACAAAUGAACCACACUCCACAUCGCAGGGCCCACUAGACCAAAGCAAAGGCAGCACAGCACACUGCGCGUUAACGCAGCCAUGCAAUCACCCACGUACAAAUGAAGUCGACGAAGAAAGCAACGCUACCACACGUACUCCGCCCAGUCUUUAUGAUUCCAUGGAUACCUUCGUUAAUCAGAGAACAAUGCUAGAUUCAGCUAUAGAUCGAUCAAUAAGACAUUUGCUCAACGCCAUAAGAUGCAAGCUUGGAGGUGACACAGAAUCAGAGGGUAUUACUGUAAUGACUUAG